CCUCCAGUCCUCCACCACCAUUCCCCCAGCCAUCCUACUAAUAAUAACAUACCAUCCAUCUCUCUGCUUCAUUCCUAAAUUAACUCUCUUCAUCUCUCUGUUUCUUCAUCACUAGUCUCAUCUUAUUCCAGCAUUUAGAUCUUCCACCAUGAAGAUGAAGCAGCUGCAGGAUAGAUUUUACUGCCCCAUUCUCUUCCUCAUAGUUGCCAUCCUCCUGGCCAUCCACACAGUGAAGGCCUCUCAUGCACCAAUGGAAGGAAGCAGAGAUGGGGAACUGAAGAUGACGGAAGAGUUUCCUUUGUCAAACCUGAUGGAAUUGGAGAACUGUGAGACCACCGGAGAUGAUGAAUGCAUGAAGAGGAGGAUGAUGGACGAGGCCCAUCUGGAUUACAUCUACACACAGCACCACAAGCCAUAGAAGAAUGGAUGAUCAGCCAACUACCCUAUUUCAUUAUAAAAAGUAUGCACCAGUGUUUGGAUCGGAGAUUCCGAGAUGCUUCCCAACAAAUCUUAUCAUAGUAAUCACCUUAUAAACUACAUAUAUAUAUAUAUAUAUAUCAAUAUACAUAUAGAUUUAUGUAAGGAUGUUCUGGCUAGCUGUCACUGGAGCUGGUUUAAUUAAUUUAAGGUGGUGUGUCUUGUCUUUUUAAUUUUUAUGAGGUAGCUUCUUGAUCUAUACGCUCUUGUAACAAUGAAAAUGUCAGCGCGCGCGUGCUUGACAGAACACCCCCGUUAACAAUGAAAGCCAUUGUUCUCGGUUUUCUCCGUC